AUGCUCUACAUCCGCUUCCCAGAGCAUAGUCAUUGGCCCUCCAGAACGACUCAAUUUGCUAUCUCCACGGUAUUUGUCUCUAUCAAUGUCUCUCUCUCAUCCGAACAAGCCUCUUCGACAACAUAUUCAUCUGUUGAUCAGUCUUCUACUCCUAAACCCUCAGCUACAGCACGUCCCACGGGUUUGUCGACUAAUGCGAAGAUUGGGAUUGGAAUAGGGGCCGGAGUGGGAGGAGGUGGCUUGCUUGCGUUCACAAUAGCAUACUCUAUUAUGAAAUGCCAAAGAAAGAAAAAGGAUGCCGGAGAUGGUCCUGUGGGAGGUCUAGGAGCACGGCAGCAACAGCUGCCUGGAUCAACAGGACAACAGGACUCCGUUCGAUGCAGACUCGAUCAAGCCGAACUGCCCGCAUCCGAACUUGGUCGUCACAGAUCGUCGAUAUUUUCAGAGUUGGAAGGCAGUCCGGUACAAACUCCAUCGAGGAAGAACAGAACAACUGGCGAGUUAUCUCCUGAUACCACCGAGUAA